CGGGGAGGGUACCCUAAUGUUCUUCGUGCGUUCGGGGUGUUCUUGCGCAUCCUGGGGGAGGACGCCCUCGAGUGCUCUUCAUGUUGACCGGCGGAGGGGAUCAUGUCCUUGGAGGAUGUGAUUCUGGCCCAGGUCCGACUGCAUCCGAAUUCACCAGGUCGGCUGGCGGGUCUGGUGCGGUCCUUUUGGCACUCGUUCAGAAACGGUCGUGCCGUCCGCCCGCUGUGCCCUUCGCCAGUCGGCGUCCCCGCGCUCCAGACGCUGGGCAGUUGGAGCUUCUCCGUGUACAUACUGCAGCUCCCACUGUGGGACCUCACCCGCUUCGCCGUCUUCGGCGACCUGAAGCGCAGGUUCCGGCCCCUCUGGGCGCCGCUGCUGCUGGUCGAGGUGCUGGCGGCCGCUGCGCUCUGCCACCGCUUCGUGGAGGAGCCCUGCCGCAGGAAGCUGCAGGCCUGCGCCUCGCGGCGGCGGGCAGCGCCCCAGCGGGAGCGGCUGGAGCUCGCGGCGAUGGGCGGCGCCGCCUCGGAGGAGGCCCGCUCGCAGACCAUCGGGGCUUCGUGCCGUAGCUCCGCUGGCGCGCGCGGAGGGAGCCGCAGCGCUGCUCGAGAGCCUAUGCGGUGCACAAGCCACGCUCAACUCGGUACCGAGUAGGACUUCCCUCUCGCACGGGUGGUCGGCUCCGCUCCGCUCCGCCUCCCCGCCUCCUCGCUUUCGGGUCUUGCUUGGUCUCCGGCUGCUCUCGUCGUCGCAGCGCUGGGCUCAGCCUGAAAAGCUGGUCAGGGUGGAUCCCAGGAGGGUCUGGGAGCCGGUUUUGGACGGCUCUUGGCCGCGGGCCGGGCGAGG